AUGGGCUGGCAGGAAGGGCUGAGGGGAAGCAAGAUGACCGAGCGGUUGGUAGCCGGAGGCGAACUCCAGGAAGACGCCGAUGUCUCAUUGCGCCCUCGACGCAUCGAUGAAUUCGUCGGCCAGUCGCACACCAAGCAGACCCUCCAGAUAGCUAUUGAUGCGGCCAAGAUACGCGAAGAGCCGCUGGAUCACUCCAUCAUCUAUGGCCCUCCCGGGUUGGGUAAGACCACCCUCUCUCACAUCAUCGCUGCGGAAAUGGGCGUUCCGAUUCGGGUGACGUCCGGCCCCGCCAUUGAGCGCGCUGGCGACAUGGCUGCCAUACUGACCAGCCUCCAGCCCAACGAGGUUCUUUUCAUCGACGAAAUUCAUCGCCUGAACCGCGUUGUCGAGGAAGUACUGUAUUCGGCAAUGGAGGACUUUUUUCUGUCGUGGAUGGUUGGCAAGGGGCUAGCGGCCCGCAGUGUGAAUCUCAGGAUCAACCCCUUCACCCUUGUGGGGGCCACCACUAGAUUUUCCAUGGUCAGCGCUCCCCUUCGUGACAGGUUCGGCUCAGUGUGGAGAUUGGAGUACUACGACGUCGACGAAAUGAACAUCAUCGUUGAGCGUUCAGCACGCAUCCUGGAGACGGACCAUGAUGUUGAUGGAGUGGCUGAAAUCGCUGGCCGCUCGCGAGGAACACCCCGAGUGGCUAACAGGCUGCUGAAGCGCACCCGCGACUACGCACUGGUGAAGGCUGACAACUCCAUAACCGGCGCGGUAGCCAGGGCCGCGCUGGAACAACUUAACGUCGACCCCCUCGGAUUGGACCAAUCCGAUCAUCGCCUGCUUAUAACGAUUAUCGACAAGUUCGACGGAGGCCCCGUUGGCCUGGAGACGCUGGCGGCCGCACUCAACGAGGACUCCGAUACGAUCAUGGACGUGUGGGAACCAUUCCUGCUGCAGCUGGGUUUCCUUGACCGCACACCCCGAGGAAGGGUGGCAACUCGCCUGGCGCACGAGCACCUGGGCAGACCAUUUUUCGCGCUACCCCAUAGCGACCAGCCCAAACUGGAGGGCUUUUAG